GGGGGCGGGGCGGCGCGGCUGCAGGGCGCCGCACGGCCACAGACAGACCGAGCCGCCGCCGCCGCCGCCGCCCCCCGAGCCCAGCAUGGUAAUGGCCGAGCCCCGGCGGCCCCCCCCGCUGCUGCUGCCCCGCGGGCCCGGGCCCGUCCGCGUCGGGUUCUACGACAUCGAGGGCACGCUGGGGAAGGGCAACUUCGCCGUGGUGAAGCUGGGGCGGCACCGGAUCACGCGCAGCGAGGUGGCAAUAAAAAUAAUUGACAAAUCUCAGCUGGAUGCAGUGAACCUGGAAAAGAUCUAUCGAGAAGUGCAGAUAAUGAAAAUGCUUGACCACCCGCACAUAAUAAAACUCUACCAGGUGAUGGAGACCAAAAGCAUGUUGUACCUUGUGACAGAAUAUGCCAAAAAUGGAGAAAUUUUCGAUUACCUUGCCAACCACGGCCGUCUGAGUGAGCCCGAGGCCAGGCGCAAAUUCUGGCAAAUCCUCUCUGCGGUGGAAUAUUGUCAUAGCCGAAAGAUUGUGCACCGUGACCUCAAGGCUGAAAAUCUCCUGCUCGACAACAACAUGAACAUCAAAAUAGCAGAUUUUGGGUUUGGAAAUUUCUAUAGAAGUGGUGAGCCUCUCACCACCUGGUGUGGAAGCCCCCCGUAUGCAGCCCCGGAAGUCUUUGAAGGGCAGCAGUAUGAAGGACCCCAACUGGAUAUCUGGAGCAUGGGUGUAGUUCUUUAUGUUCUAGUCUGUGGAGCGUUACCUUUCGAUGGACCUACACUCCCUAUUCUGAGACAACGGGUUCUGGAAGGAAGGUUCAGGAUCCCCUAUUUCAUGUCAGAAGAGUGUGAGCACCUGAUCAGGAGAAUGCUGGUCCUAGACCCAUCCAAGAGAUUGACAAUUGCUCAGAUUAAGGAGCAUAAAUGGAUGCUAAUAGAAGUUCCUGUGCAGAGACCCAUUCUCUAUCCACAAGGACAGGAGAACGAGCCUUCCAUUGGAGAGUAUAAUGAGCAGGUUUUGCGGCUGAUGCACAGCCUUGGAAUAGACCAACAGAAAACUAUUGAGUCUCUGCAGAACAAGAGUUAUAACCACUUUGCUGCUAUCUAUUACCUGUUAGUGGAGAGACUCAAGUCACAUCGGAGUAGUUUCCCUGUGGAGCAGAGACUCGAUGCUCGUCAGCGUCGGCCAAGCACCAUUGCUGAACAAACAGUCGCCAAGACACAAGCUGCGGUGCCUCCAGUGAACCUGCGUUCACAGAAUGUAAGGCUGCUGAGGUCUCCGGGCCUCCCACCAGCUCCAGAAGCCUUCUCCUUUCCCCCAUCCAGCUGCCACGUAGAGUCAGCAUUCAUGGAGGAAGAGAGAGUUGAUACCCCAAAGGUAAACGGCUGCUUGCUCGAUCCCUUGCCCACUAUGGUGAUUAGGAAAGGAUGCCAGUCGCUGCCUACUAGCAUGAUGGAAACCUCUAUUGAUGAGGGGAUAGAGACAGAAGGCGAAUCAGAAGACGAUCCCGCGCAGGCAUUUGCAGCCCUCCAAGCAACCCGCUGUGGGAAAAGACGUCACACUCUGGCGGAAGUGACCAACCAGCUUGUCAUGAUGCCAGGCACAGGGAAAGUCUACUCCUUGGAUGAGAAUCCAUCUUUGGGCAGCAUUGAUUCAGAAUAUGAUAUGGGAUCUUUUCAGAGGGAUCUUAACUUCCUGGAGGACACUCCUACACUGAAAGAAAUGGUGCUGGCCAACCAGUCAGCACCCAGAAUGACACCCCCUUUCAUAGGCCUGAGACCUGCCAAUCCAGCCAUGCAGGCACUGACCUCCCAGAAACGAGAGGCCCACAACCGCUCCCCCGUCAGUUUCCGAGAGGGGCGCAGGGCAUCUGACACAUCCCUCACACAAGGAAUUGUAGCAUUUAGACAGCACCUUCAGAAUCUGGCACGAACCAAAGGAAUCCUGGAGCUGAAUAAAGUCCAGCUGCUAUAUGAACAGAUGGGAUCAGAAGAAGAGCCCAACCUAACAUCAACUGUUCCCCACUUGCAGAAUCUCGUAAACAGCCCCCCUCAGGAGGAAGCUUCUCAGCAGCAGGAGACUGUAUCUGCCUUCCCUAAUGGCAUGCAUCCACAGUUAUUAUCCAGACGGCAGAGCUUAGAAACACAGUACUUGCAACACAGACUGCAGAAACCCAGCCUGCUGUCAAAAGCCCAGAAUACCUGCCAGCUGUACUGCAAAGAACUGCCCCGAAGCCUGGAACAGCAGUUACAAGAGCACAGGCUGCAUCAGAAGAGACUCUUCCUCCAAAAGCAGUCCCAGCUGCAGGCUUAUUUUAACCAGAUGCAAAUAGCCGAAAGCUCAUACCCAAGAUCAAGUCAACUGCCACUUCCAGGCGAGGAGCAGCAGCAGCAGCUGCCAACACAGUUCAGCCUGGCACAGCCCUUGAGCCCUGUAAUGGAGCCUUCCUCAGAACAAAUGCAAUAUGACCCUUUCCUUAGCCAGUAUCAGAAACUGCAGCUGGAGUCAUUGCCACCAUCACAGAUCCACAGCUCACCUGGGCUGCCAUUGCAGAUUCAUGUGCAACAGCAGCCACCACCGCCGCCGCCCUUACAAUAUUCCUAUCAGACUUGUGAAUUGCCAGUGGUCACCUCUUCUGAGCCAGACUACCCAAACCAGUGCCAGUAUUCCAUGAACCCAGCCCAGCAAAGCAAUGUAGCAUCACCAGACAACCAGAGGAGCUCAGCACCUCAUGAAUCUCAGUCCAACUAUGAGGCUUUAGCCCUUUCAGAGUUGCCAGGACUUUUUGAUUGUGAAAUGAUGGAGACUGUUGACCCACAACAUAGUGGCUAUGUCUUGGUGAAUUAGCCACCCUGCAAUGUUCACUUAAGAAUGGAAGACAGGUGAAGUGAAGGAAAAGCAUCUGAAUUUUCAUUUUUGUUCCAACCCUAAAAUUCAUGGCUUAUUUUCCAACCCUUGACCUACUGAGGGAUGUAAAAGCCACCUGACUGGUACUAGCCAGGGAUGGCUAAAAGCUACAUCGCCAUUGGUUCAUCCUGUCAGUGCUAUGCCACAAACCCCGUGGCAGGGGCUGGAGAUGGAUAGUGCAAUUUGGUCAGACGAACCAGUUUGCUGUGAAGGAGAUUACAGAUGUAGUUUUAAAGAAAGAAAAGGGUCCCUUCCAAAGACUGGAUACUCUGCUAGCAUCCAUCCAGUACCAGAUGAAACCUGCUAAAGAUCUGCAAAAGAAAGGAGAUUGAAUGAGUGAUACAUUGUACUUCUUGGCAAUAAAAGCAAUAUAUUUUUCAUUGGAACUCAGACUUGGGUAACCUGAAGGCAAAUCAAGAACUCAUGAAACUUUAGUGCAUGGUGGAUUUAAAGGAAAGUUGCACUUUGGCAUUGAAAUGUUGGUUCUAAGCUACUGAUGUUGAAUUAGUCCACAGUAAGUCUCAGAGGACACCAGGUGUUUCUCCAACAGACUCCACAUCCUCCUGCUAGCAACAGCAUUUCCCCAAACUUGCCAAAAAACUUCUAACUGCCCAUCAUGGGAAGUUUGUGGAACUUUGACAAAAUGAUACACUGACCUAGUCAAAAGAGAGCUAGGUCUGAUAUGGGGCACUGCAGUGUUUUUAGAGGCCUCUGAAUGGGGUAGAGAAUACUGCAAAGGUAAAGGAUCAGUGAACAGAGAUGUGAAAGUACCAAGAGGAGGUCUGCAACUGCAGCAAAUGACAUUGUCAAAAAGGUCAGCCAGGGUAGCAUUAGAAAUCAGCCCUUUGUGCGGACAGCCUCUUGUGGAGGCCUCUGUCUUGGAGCAGCUGUGGUCACUGGAGAGGAUACAUCUGUCCUCUGUCGCUUUUUAAAAAUAACUAUUUUGAAUUUACAGUAUGCGUUGCUGGUGGUUUAUUAAGCUUUGUAUAUUUGGACAAUUUAGGUUUUAGAACUUAAGGACAAAACAAAAUGAGCUUAAAAACCCCAUGUGAAGUGAUAGUGCUGUGCCUUUUUGGGUUCUUUAUCAGAUUAUAUGCUUUUUUUCCUGAAGAAAGUAGACAAUACCCCAUUUAUAUCCAUGCUAAAGCCAAAGUCACUUCAGAGCAUGUGUUCCACCAUGUGGAAUACAAUGCAACUUCUUUAGUGUUUUGAUUGCUCAUCUAUAUGUGAAAUGUUAAAAGUAUUACAGCAAUAUUUAGUGUCAAGAACUAUUGCUAUAUUAACCAUUUCAACAGAUACUCACUUUGAGCAAGCACUUGAGUCCCCAAACCCUUGCAGUUCACAAAAUGCCAGACAGAGGCUGGGCUUUGGAUCCAUAGAAAGGACAGGGGUAAUCACUGUAAUGUGGGUUGUCUCCAGUGUUUAGCCCUUUGUGAGCAGAUGAACACACUAAGCACAAUGCAAGUUCUUUAAAGCACAAAGAACAGCAGAGAAGCAGGUACUGCUUAUGAAAAACACCUUUUGAUGUCUGGAAGGUUUUCCCUUUUCAUUAAGUUCAAAGUGAGGAAAGAGGCUAAAUAUACUAAUAGCUCCAUCUGUAUCUAUCACUACACAGUCACCAACCUUGCGCCUGAGACUUUGCUCUCAAACCAAAGUUUUGUUGCAAGUUCCCAACCCCACCAAAUCACUUUACACUGACCCACAGGCAAGUUCUACAGUCACUGUAUAAAGCACCAAGGCAUUGGACUGAAUUGGUGGUAGCAGAAGAGAGAAUUCCUGAUACACUGAGAAAAGCCCAGUCAGUUUAUAAUCAGAUUUUCUGACCAACUGUCAUGUCAUAAACAGAGUUAUCAAAGAUCAGACUGCAGAACCAUUUUUCCCCUUCAGAGGAAUAAGCAGUCAGCACACAGAGCAAUAAUACAGUAUUUACAUGGCAAAGAAAAAAAAUCUAGUGACUAUAUAUUAGUCAUCUUUAAACAGGAAAAAGUUCAGCACUGCUGCCAGCAAUUGCCUUAUUUCCUAGCAUGCUAAAAUCUGACUGACCUGUGGUGUUUAUACAGCACAUUGUGUAAUAUUGGUCACUAAUCCACUUGUUGUGCAGUCAGAUUUGUUCAAUCAAGGCUUUGUAUUGACUACACCUUGAUUCCAAAGCCAUUGCUGGGGGGCAGUUUGAAAUCCCAUGUAAGCUAAAGCAUGGAAUCCCAGCUUAAAGGUUGUGCCCACCUACCCCCUUCUUUAUGGCUAGAUGGCAAAGAGGUCCACCAAUGCUUUGCUGUUGUAACAUGGGCUCCUGACCUUGAGAACCACCGACCUAAAGACUCUUUUAAGGCGACUUAAUGCCAUCUGCAUAGAAAUCUUUAUACUGGCAUCCCAUCCUCAUCCAUGGACAUGCCUGUGUGAAGGGGUAAAAAUCUUCACACAGCCCCUAGGUCUUAAGUAACUUGUAGAGAGCAAGCAACUGGCAACAACACUGCAGGGGAACAAAGGGCCAGCCCAGUGGAGUCUACGCAUCUCACCAGGGCAGGUGACCACACGCAGCAAGAGGCCACCUAAAAUAUUAAGCAAACAUUUGUGCACAUACAAGGCCAAGCUGAAUACCCAGAGAGCUGCGUGAGGGAGAAGCAAAUGAUGGAUAUGGAGGUGUCUCCAUAGCAUGAACAAUCAAUUCAGAAGCCCAGUUCUGCACAGGGAGUUGUUACAAAACAUGGCCUGCCCCUUUUCUUAACUAUUUCCACAACAAACCCUACCACCCCAUACGUAGUCGGCUGACAUGGAGCAGGAUUCAGGGGCACAGAGAGCAGAAUUAUUGUUGUGGUUUGAUCGCAGUCAUUUUAGUGAUUUCUUUACCAGAGGGUCCCAACUAAUUUAAACUGCUGAGUUUUGGAAUGCAGGUAUCUAGGGAGCUAAAGAGUUUUGAAUGUUAUGAACAUGAAGUAGCUUAGAUCUCCCUCAACUAACAGCCUGUUUAACAUUUCAUGUCAUUUUCUUUAGACUAAAACAUUUCUAAUGCCACACUAGACUAUUUUGUGGGCACCACUCGUUGUAUUCAUGCUACUUUGAAGUGGCUGCUUUUGUUCAAGUCUGUUGUGCCUAACAUUAGAGGAUUGUGUAUACUACUGUAUAGUUAAGUAUUACCUUUAGUAUGUUGUAUUACAGGUUCCUUUGAAGAGACUUUGGUGAGAUGUAUAUGGGGUAAAAAUUUCAUAUGGAGAAAAGUGCAAUAUGUGUGUGUGGUACGUUCUUUAAUGUAUUUUUUUAAAGAGUUAGAGGGUUUAGUCUUUGCUUUGGGAUAAAUGCACUAGUUUUGUGAGCUCCAGUUGGGCAAGUGCAUCUGUAGUAAUUACAUGCAACUAGUAUCCUGGACUCUGUAAAGCAAUUACAGUGUAUUAAUACAAAAUAAAGAGUAUGUACAUUUCAUUUUUAAA